CCAAAAUGGUGCCUCUUAUCACGUUUCUUCUUAUAAUUGUUUCACAAACCUUGAUGUACAUGACCCCAAUUACAGUUGCUAUAGCUUUGAGUUCAGAGACUGAUAAGCUAGCUUUGCUUGCUUUAAAGGAAAAGCUUACCAAUGGCAUCCCUGAUUCUCUGCCAUCUUGGAAUGAGUCUCUGCAUUUCUGUGAAUGGCAGGGUGUUAGAUGCGGCCAUCGCCACAUGAGAGUCUAUGCUUUGCAUUUGGAGAAUCAAGAUUGGGGUGGUACACUUGGACCAGCUUUGGGGAAUCUAACCUUCCUCAGGAAACUCAACCUUUCUAAUAUCAACUUGCAUGGUGGAAUUCCCAAACAAGUUGGUUGUUUAAAGAGGUUGCAGGUUCUUGACUUGAGCAAAAAUAACCUUGGUGGUGAGGUUCCCAUCGAGCUUACUAAUUGCUCAAAUCUUCAUGUAAUAAUCUUGUCGUACAAUAACCUCACUGGAAAAGUUCCCUCAUGGUUUGGAUCAAUGACGCAGCUUACUCAGUUGCUUCUUGGUAUUAAUAAUCUAGUUGGUGCUAUCCCACCUUCCUUGGGAAACCUUUCAUCACUCCAGAGUAUAUUUCUUUCACGAAACCAUUUGGAAGGAAGUAUACCUCAUGCUUUGGGCAGGUUGUCAAAUUUGAAUGGGCUGGAACUAAGUUUAAAUAGUUUCUCAGGUAUGGUCCCUCCUUCUCUUUACAACCUUUCAAAUAUUCAACAUUUUGUUAUGGCGGAGAACCAUUUAUUCGGUACUCUUCCAUCAAAUAUACAACUUGCUUUUCCAAAUCUUAGAGGAUUUUUGAUUGGAGGGAACCAGUUCACUGGAACUUUCCCGUCUUCAAUAUCCAACCUUACCGGGUUACAAAAGUUUGAUAUAUCCUACAAUGCUUUUCAUGGGCCAAUUCGUAACACAUUGGGAAACUUAAACAAACUUCAGUGGUUUGGCAUUGAUAGCAAUAACUUUGGGAGCGGAAGAGGUCACGAUUUGGAUUUCCUUUCCUCAUUAGCCAAUUGUACUCAGUUGCAAUUACUUUUUUUGGAUUCCAAUAAAUUUGGUGGUGUGUUGCCAUAUCUUAUUGGCAACUUAUCUACCACUCUCAAUAAGCUUAGUAUGGUGAAUAAUCAAAUAUCUGGAAUGAUACCUGAGGGAAUUGGACAACUAAUCGGCUUAACUAGCUUUACAGUGAAAGGGAAUUUCCUUGAGGGAACAAUUCCAAAUUCAAUAGGAAAGCUUAAAAAUCUAGUAGAAUUGGUCUUGGAAGAAAACCAAUUAUCUGGUAAUAUUCCUACUAUUAUUGGCAAUCUUACUAUGUUAUCAGAAGUUUAUCUAGGCGCCAAUAAAUUUGAAGGAAGCAUUCCACCUACCCUCAGAUACUGCACCCAAAUGCAGUCAUUUAGUGUUUAUGACAACAACUUAAGUGGUGAUAUACCAAAUCAAACAUUUGGCCAUCUACAAGGUUUAAUAAAUCUUUACUUAUACAAUAACUCUUUCACUGGUUCUAUUCCUUCAGAGUUUGGAAACUUCAAGCACCUUUCAGCAUUAUAUCUAAACGCAAAUAAGUUGUCCGGUGAAAUUCCCAUGGAACUUGGUGCUUGUUUGGCAUUAGCUGAGCUCGUGCUAGGGAGAAACUUCUUCAGUGGAAGUAUACCUUCCUUCUUGGGCUCUUUAAUAUCCCUCGAAGUCUUAGACCUUUCUAACAACAACUUCUCAAGCACAAUCCCCCGUGAACUAGAAAAUCUAAGAUUGUUGAAUGCUUUGGACCUGUCUUUUAACCAUCUUUAUGGUGAAGUUCCCGUAGGAGGUGUCUUCAAAAAUGUCACUGCGCUUUCACUCAUUGGAAAUAAGGAUCUUUGUGGUGGGAUACCUCAAUUGAAGCUGCAUGCAUGCCCUAGGUCGCCCUUAAAGAAACACAAGAAGUUUCUUAAAAAGAAAGUUAUCCUCAUAAUUGUAAUUGGUGGGGUUUUGGCCGUUUUCAUAAUUCUUAUCAGAAUAUACUAUAUAAGGAAAAAGCCCAAAAAGUUAUCUUCUUCUUCAUCUCUGAAGAACAGGUACUUGAGGGUUUCUUAUGGGGAGCUAUAUGAAGCAACCAAUGGAUUUUCUUCAUCCAAUUUAAUAGGCACAGGAAGCUAUGGUUCUGUGUACAGAGGAGCUCUUCUCCAUUUUGAAAGACCAGUUGCUGUUAAGGUGUUGAAUCUUGAAACACGUGGGGCAGCAAAGAGUUUCAUGGCUGAGUGCCAAUCUCUGGGAAAGAUAAAGCACCGAAAUCUUCUCAACAUCCUGACUUGCUGCUCGAGUGUUGAUUAUAAUGGCGAAGAUUUCAAGGCUAUAGUUUUUGAGUUCAUGCCUAAUGGAAGUCUUGAAAGGCUGUUGCACAGCAAUGAAGAAAGCGAGUCUAGAACUAUGAAACUCAACCUUACACAUAGGUUAAACAUUGCUCUUGAUGUAGCUCAUGCAUUGGAGUAUCUUCACCAUGAUUUCGGGCAAGCUGUAGUUCACUGUGAUAUUAAGCCAAGCAAUGUUCUUCUUGACGAUGACAUUGUUGCCCAUUUGGGAGACUUUGGGUUAGCCAGACUCCUUCAUGGGGCCACAGGGCAUUCCGGUGGAGAUCAAGUUAGUUCCUCUCUAAUUAAAGGAACCAUUGGAUAUGUUCCCCCAGAGUAUGGUGCAGGUGGCCCAAUAUCACCACAAGGAGAUAUCUACAGCUACGGAAUUCUUCUUUUGGAGAUGCUCACUGGAAUGAAACCAACAAAUAGCAUGUUUGGUGAGGAUCUAAGCCUACACAAGUUCUGCGAGAUGGCAAUUCCAGAAGGAAUCACUGAGAUAGUGGAUUCAUGUUUGCUUAUUCCAUUUGCUGAUGACAACAACAUUAAGGAGAGUUUGGUAUCUUUUGCUAGGAUUGGGGUUGCAUGUUCUGCUGAUUUCCCCGCUCAACGAAUGGUCAUGAAAGAUGUAAUAGUGGAGUUGCAUGCAAUUAAACAGAAGCUGUCAUUGUUGUGAUGAGAAAUUACCAACCUUCACUUGGAGAUUCUCAGCUACACUUAUUUUCUGCACAUUACUGUUGUUUGCACAUUAGGGAGAGAAAAGAAUAAAAAAAGCUCAAAGUAAUUGUUUAUGUGUUCCUAUGAUGCUAUCCUUUGUAUUAGUGUCUAGUACUAGAAAUGAAUUUGGCUUGAAUUUAUAUCUGAAAUAUUUGGUCGUUCUAUUGCCAAGACAAAUGGUUUUGCUGACGGCUGCUGCAUUUAAACACUGCAAAUAAUGGUCACUACUGUUUUGUAACCAUUUU